CAGAGCAUGCCGCUGCUGGCCAGGUCUCCCAGCACCAACCGGAAGUACCCGCCGCUGCCUGUGGAUAAGCUGGAGGAGGACAUCAACCGGCGAAUGGCAGACGACAACAAGCUCUUCCGCGAGGAAUUCAGUGCGCUUCCAGCAUGUCCGAUCCAAGCUACCUGUGAAGCCGCCUCUAAAGAAGAAAACAAGGAGAAGAACAGAUACGUCAACAUUUUGCCUUAUGACCAUUCCAGGGUUCACCUGACACCCAUUGAAGGGGUUCCAGACUCGGAUUAUAUCAAUGCCUCAUUCAUUAAUGGGUAUCAGGAGAAGAACCGGUUCAUCGCUGCACAAGGGCCCAAAGAAGAAACGGUGAACGACUUCUGGAGAAUGAUUUGGGAGCAAAACACGGCCACAAUUGUCAUGGUGACCAAUCUGAAGGAGAGGAAAGAGUGUAAAUGUGCCCAGUAUUGGCCAGAUCAGGGCUGCUGGACGUAUGGGAAUAUCCGGGUCUCUGUGGAAGAUGUCACCAUCCUGGUUGACUACACAGUGAGGAAAUUCUGCAUUCAACAGGUAAGGCCUCACCGGUGUUCAAGUUGCUUGGCCUUGUGAGUAGUGGGUAAUUUACCACCCAAAGGGCUGCUUGCUUGAUUGCUGGUUUAUUAGUUAGGUUAAGUGGACGUGUAAAGUGCUGCGAAAAUUCAUAUAUAAUGCUUGCAGUCCUAGCCAGACCAGAACCAGGGAGAUAAGAGGAAGGAAGGAAGAGAGAACAAGAAAAGGCGAGAGAAAAU